UUUUCGACGCGACAAUGUCAGAUAAAGUGAGCGAGAAUAAUGAUAUAAAAGGAUUCCAAUUAACAAAUAGAGAAAAUGAGCAACCGAUGGAUUUGAAUUUAAAAGAAAAGAAGCCAACGUUUACAAUUGUAGGAUGUGAAUUAUGCCAGAUAAAAGAUGAAAUUCGUAUCAUUCUUCGACAAUGUGGGCACGUUGUUUGUCUACCGUGUGUUCUAGAAUACAUAAAAAAUAAAAUAAUAGUUGAUGGACACCCUCGGUUCAAAUGUCCACUCUCCACGUGCAAUGCAGUGGUUCAUGAGAAUGAUAUAAAUGCAGUACUUGAUGAAAAGGAGCCAGCUCUUGAGAGAUAUAUGUCAAUUGUUCACAGAAGAUAUCUACAAUACAAACAGAAUAAACAUUCAAUUAUGGCAGCACUUCCAUCAUCUGAUAUCAAGAGAUGUCCUUUAUGUCGGUCAAUUUAUAUGCAUGUAGUUGGAUGUAAUUAUGUUAUUUGUGCCAAUUCAGCAUGUAAUACAGCUUUUUGUUGGUUAUGCGAGAAGCCAAUGGGAAGACCAUCUUCGCAUUUUACGACAGCUUCAAAGUGCCGACUAGGAUACACAGAUUAUGAACGGAUCUUUCGAUCGAUUCAGUUGAUUCUAGACGUGAAUUUUGUCAUUCUCUGGAUACUGCUUCCAUUCGUCUACUUGAUCGCUUUCUUGUACAUUCCUGUCUUAAUAAUAUUCCUGAUACCAGCAAGCUUGGCUUAUGACGCUUAUAGAAAAGAAAAGGAUAGUCAUGAUUUUUUGGUUCCGAUCGAUGUGUUGACUAUCAUAUUCCGAGUCUUGAUUGGAAUACUUAUUGGAAUUAUUGUAUGUGUACCAUUUGCAAUUGGGUCUAUUGUUUCUGGAUCUGUACUUAUGUUUCUUUAUAUGGGUUUCCUAGCCAUUCGAACGAUUCCAUGUGGAUUGUCUGGUGACCGAGUUGGCACAUUUUUAUGUCUUAUGAGAUGGGCAGGAAAUCUUUUCAAAAUUGGACCAUAUGGUAAACUACUUGAAGAAGCAAGAAAAGAACGAAAUGAUGCGUUAGUGAAGCUAGAAGAAAAUAGAGAUGAUUUCAAAAAUGCAUUAAGCACUUCUAAAGUUUUGGUUGGAACUACAACUACUUCAUCCACUACUCAAGCAACAACAAUUGGUGGAAGUACGAGCACGGCAGGGACAACCGUUGAAGCCACAACCACAACUCAGGCGUAAAUCUAGAUAAAUCUCAAUAUCCGACUUCUUCUCUUUCCUAAUCAUCAAUAAAUAUUUUAUUCA